GCACUACAAAAGUUCCCUUCUAUCGAGACUUUUCGCAACUCAAACCCAGGAUGUAAUUGCAUUUUUGAAAUCAUACACGCUUUACGAUGCUGCAACAGCAUUAGCUUUGGGAUGGGAAAAGAUUUCUGAAGCAUCAUUGGCGAAAUGCUGGAAUAAGCUUCUUAAAGGGAACGACAAUUUCGAUGAAGGAGACGACUUACCACUGUCAUCUUUUUUACGGCAGGAUGAAGACACUUUAGCAAUGAGGAGUGGAGUAAAUUUGCUAAACUCAGUGUUUCCAAAUAUCCGGUUUACAGUCGACGAUCUAAAUGAAUGGGUGCAGCAGGGGCCUGAGCAAGAUUUCGAUUAUGCUGAAGAUGAUCAUGACGAAAAUGACGACAAUAUUGAAACUGAAGAGCUUAAAAUUAAGCAUGAGGAUGUCAUUAAAAGUUUUGAUGUGUGCAUCAAGUGGGCCAAACAGAACAAUAUUGAAUCAACAAAACAGAUUGUACUUGUAAAGCUUCAAGAAGAAGCAGUAAAAAUGAAUCUAAAUAUUCCAAAAAACAAUCCACGAUUAACCAAUUUUUCAAUGUCGUCUAUUGCAAUACAUUUUCCAAUAACACCAUAUUUGUCAUUUUGGGAUAUGAAGAUGUUGGUGAAUUCUAAGUAG